UUUUCCCUGGACGAACAGAGAACGAAACUAAAGCUUUCGAGUUACGUUCUUAAACCGUUUCUGGGAAUAGAUGCGAUGUGUUAAUAACUACGCGUUGAACAGACCCGAUCCAAGAUCAGUUUUACAGCGUUUGCCCGUGUAAUAUUCGGUGUCGGCAGUCAUUUACACAACAACAACCACAAUACCGUGCGACGCAGCGCGCAUGCGCACAACACUACCCAACCAGUGUCGACCCCAGCCAUCUAUUAUGCUUCUUCGCAAUAAAAGCUACCCGAAAAUCUGCGAGGAAAACGCCACCGGAGCCGCUUGGAGUGAAAAGUGCUGACACUCAGGUCCUGAGAUGGGAUGUGUGUGUCAAGGUGGGACUAAGGAGCAAGAGGAUCAUUGUAACUGAGCUAAGAGACGUACAGGCGUCAUUCAAGCGACUUCUUCCCUUUUACUGGCCAGUAUGUCGGUGGUCACGUCCCCUGCCCAGGUGCCUCCACCUAUUGUGAACCCCCCUCCACCCGAGUUCACCAACCCCAGCAAACCGGGCCGGAAGACAAACCAGCUACAAUAUAUGCAGAACGUGGUCGUGAAGACCCUGUGGAAACAUCAGUUCGCCUGGCCCUUCUACACACCUGUCGAUGCCAUCAAAUUGAAUCUGUUGGACUACCAUAAAGUUAUUAAAAAUCCAAUGGACAUGGGAACCAUAAAGAAGCGGCUUGAGAAUAAUUACUAUUGGACUGCUGGUGAAUGCAUGCAGGACUUCAACACUAUGUUCACAAACUGUUACAUCUAUAACAAGCCCACAGAUGAUAUUGUUCUGAUGGCUCAAGCAUUAGAAAAGAUUUUUCUUCAGAAGGUAGCUCAGAUGCCCCAGGAAGAGGUGGAACUUCUACCCCCACCACCGAAGGGUAAAGCACGGAAACCCGGGGCACCUCCUGCAUCAGUAGAAAACCAACAAUCGAUAGCACUGACUGCAGGAUCUCCGUCUUCGUCAUGCCCGAGUUCCCCCCCUCAGCUGGCUCAGACUCCUGUAAUAGCCGCGACUCCGGUCUCGACCAUCACUUCCAACGUGCAGGCCGCGCCCCCUGCCGCAGCAAUGAUCCCAACUGCGCAGCCUGUUGUCAAAAAAGGGGUGAAGCGGAAAGCGGACACUACCACGCCCACAACCUGUGCGAUCACCGCCAGCAGAAGCGAAUCGCCCACCGCGAGUUUGGAGUCCAAACACAGUAAAGUCAUUUCCAGACGAGAGAGCACGGGCCGACCCAUCAAACCUCCCAAAAAGGACCUGGAAGAUGGGGACGUCUUACCGCAAGGCAACAACAACAACACCAACAACAAGAAGAGCAAGCUCAACGAUCAUCUCAAAUAUUGUGACACUAUACUUAAAGAGAUGCUUUCCAAGAAGCACGCGGCUUACGCGUGGCCGUUCUACAAACCUGUAGACGCAGAAGCUCUCGAGCUGCACGACUAUCAUGAAAUCAUCAAGCAGCCGAUGGACCUCAGCACGGUCAAAAAAAAGAUGGACGGCCGAGAAUACCCAGACGCUCAAGGUUUCGCGGCAGAUGUUCGGUUAAUGUUCUCAAAUUGUUACAAGUACAACCCACCUGAUCACGAGGUCGUCGCCAUGGCCAGAAAACUACAGGAUGUGUUCGAGAUGAAAUUCGCCAAGAUGCCCGAUGAGCCCGCCGAGCCGUCGUCCCCGAGCACGGUGUCGGCCACGGCGGUGGUGAGCAAGAGCACGGGAAGCAGCGAGAGCAGCGCGGACUCGUCCAGUUCCAGCUCGGACUCAGAGGAGGAACGCGCUACCAGAUUGGCCGAACUGCAGGAACAGCAAACUGUGGAGCACCCCAAUGGUAACAGGGCAGGGACAAAAAACGGGUGUCCCAAACGUUUUCAGCUGAAGGCUGUACAUGAACAGCUAGCCGCUCUGUCGCAGGGUCCUGUGAGCAAACCAAAGAAAAAGAAGGAGAAGAAGGAAAAAGAGAAGAAGAAGAAAGACAAAGAGAAAGACAAAAACAAGGUCAAGGUGGAAGACGAAAAGAAAGCCAAGCCGCCGCAGCCGACUAAACAAACCCAGCCGAAAAAGACCUCCGCGCGGAAACCCAACAGCACGUCUACCACGAGGCAACCGAAAAAGGGGGGCAAGCCUGCCGCGACAAACUACGAGUCCGACGAAGAGGAGUCUCUGCCCAUGUCUUACGACGAAAAGCGGCAACUGAGCCUGGACAUCAACCGAUUGCCGGGCGAGAAGCUGGGCCGAGUGGUUCACAUCAUCCAGUCGCGUGAGCCGUCGCUUCGAGACUCCAAUCCGGACGAGAUCGAAAUCGACUUUGAAACGCUCAAGCCGUCUACGCUGCGUGAGCUUGAAAGAUACGUCAAGUCUUGUUUACAGAAAAAGCAACGCAAACCGUUACCGGGCACUGGGAAAAAGAGUGCCAAGUCUAAAGAGGAACUGGUUCAGGAAAAGAAGAAAGAGUUAGAAAAGAGGCUACAGGACGUGAGUGGACAACUCAACAACAACAAGAAACCACCCAAAAAAGCAGAGAAGGCGGGGUCAGCGCAGGGGGGCGGGCCAUCUCGGCUGAGUGGCAGCAGCAGUUCCUCCGAUUCGGGCAGCAGUAGCUCCAGCGGCUCCAGCUCCGAGAGCAGUGACUCGGACUGACCUCGGAUCAGAGCGUCACGUACUUCGGCCUCCUCUAUUUUCUAACGAGUAGUGUGUCUUGUCAUGAAUAGUAUCUCUCUGAAGGCCUGUUUUUAUAAAGAACUAGAAGCAUCGCAGAUGGCAGAGGAUAUUUUAAAAUAGUUUGUAGAAACGGCUCGGACGGAGCGGAAUAGUUCAGACAGUUUUGAGGUUAUUCCGCAAACCCUCAAAGGGAAACGCCUGGUAUCAGCAGAGGAAAAAAGACAAAAAAAAGAUAUUUUUUUGGAAAAUGCAUAAGUCGUGGAGGUGAAACGGUUGCGUGUGUGUCAGUUGUUUAUUUUUUUUUGGUUUUUGUUUGCUGCUCAUUAGAUUCAUAUUGAAAACGUACAUUAGCGGAAAAAACUGACAAAUGCCUGGCUGCAUCGUGUAGCUACGCAAGGUCUGAAGGAACAAAACUCCUGCUCUGGUGUCGUUCUGUCAUGUUAGCAUGACUAUUCAACUCAUUCCACAUUUAUUGUCUAGUCUUCGUUGUUACCAUUUUUAAAAGGAUCUAUUUAUUUUAUUUUUUGUAUCCACACACGCCAUCUUUAUGAAUAUGUUUCAGAUUCAGUGGCUCAACAGUACUCUAUACAGUGUCUGCCAACCCCGAUGUCGGCAUCGAUAUAUUAAAUCAUUCUGAGAGGCGCUUACGCAUCGCUUGCAGUAAUUUGGCUUGUUUCGACACUGUACACUUUCUUUUCCGGUGCUCUCGGUUCAGUAUUCGUUAUAGAAUUUUCUCUAGCUUUAUUGUUUGUUUUUAUUCUAUAUCAUACACUUGUUUGUUUUAUAUUUGGAUUGUCUUGUGUAUUUUUUUACCAUUGAUAUGUAGGUGUCCCUCUUUCUGGAAUGUCUCAUCUUUACCAUGUCCACUCAUAGGACAAUCAAGUUGUGUUUUCAUUUCAAUAUAUAUAUAUAUAUAUAUGAUGGAGGUAUACACUUAAAGAUCAUCGAAAUAAUGGCAAAACGCAUUAUGUUGUUCAAAAACAUCUGUUUUGGCAUAAAUUUCUCUCCCUGGACGUCCUCUGUGGGAAUAAAGAAUAAAUAGCAGUAGCUGUCCAGGACAAGUAGCCACUUCAAGGAGUCUUAAGAAUAAAGUUGGACUUUGUGAAGAAGACUUCAAACAGCAGCACUAGAUUUAACUCCAGACUGAUGUGUGUUCAACAGUAGUUAUUAGUUGGAAGUAUUACAACUAAUGUUCUCCAUUUUAGUAAUGAGCUUAAAUUUCCUGUUAUUUUGGUUUUUUUGGAAAUGCUGUACUGAAUGCUUUCAGUGGUAUCUAAACACUUCUUGCCAUGUAUAAAAUAUAGUUUAUUUGGAAUGGGCCAUGACUGAUAAUCUUUAUAAAAUAUGAAUGUAUUCGA